GGGGCCGUCCCGCCCGAGAGGCUGCGGGUCCUGCCCUGCCCUGCCCGGGGGAGGCGGAGCUCAGCGGUCGCCUUCCCGAGCGCCCGCCAUGCAGAGGUACCACGUCCUGGAAAUGAUCGGGGAAGGCUCCUUCGGGCGCGUGUACAAGGGGCGGCGGAAACACAGCGCCCAGGUGGUGGCCUUGAAGUUCAUCCCCAAGGUGGGGCGGUCUGAGAAGGAGCUGAAGAACCUGCAGCGGGAAAUUGAGAUCAUGAGAGGCCUCCAUCACCCCAACAUCAUCCAGAUGCUUGACAGCUUUGAAACCGACAAGGAGGUGGUGGUAGUGACUGACUACGCAGAGGGGGAGCUCUUCCAGAUCCUGGAGGAUGAUGGGAGUUUGCCCGAGGACCAGGUCCAGACCAUAGCUGCCCAGCUAGUCUCUGCACUCUAUUACCUGCACUCCCACCGCAUCCUGCACCGCGACAUGAAACCCCAGAACAUCCUGCUGGGCAAAGACGGCGUCGUCAAGCUCUGUGACUUUGGGUUUGCCCGUGCCAUGAGCAUCCACACCAUGGUGCUGACCUCCAUCAAGGGCACCCCGCUGUACAUGUCCCCCGAGCUGGUGGAGGAGCGGCCAUAUGACCACACGGCAGACUUGUGGUCUGUGGGUUGCAUCCUGUAUGAGCUGUUUGUGGGAACUCCUCCCUUCUACACCAGCAGCAUCUUCCAGCUUGUCAACCUCAUUGUCAAAGACCCCAUCAAAUGGCCUGAGGCCAUAAGCCCAGUCUUCAAGAGCUUCCUGCAGGGACUACUAAUGAAGGAUCCCCGCCAGCGGCUGUCAUGGCCAGAGCUGCUCUCUCACCCCUUCAUUGCUGGACAGGUUACUGUGAUCGAUGACACAGAAGAGCACGGGAUCUCAAACCCCUUCACCACCAAGCUGUCCCCAGAGCUGCAGGCUCUGAAGGAGCAUCAAGCCCAUUCCCUGGCCCCCAGGAGCGGCCAGUCCAGAAUCCUGAGAAAGGCCCGUCAGAAGAUGGCUGAGGAGGCACAGAAAAAGGGACAACGGAAGGAAGGUGAUGCAACUACAAAGGACUCUGGCAAAGGAUGCCCAGGGCAUAGACCCAGAGCAGCUCCUGGGAAGGGAGCCCUCACAGAGGGUGAUCCACCGGCUGCCUCCAAAGAGAACAACCCCUGUGUCCUGCAAGGAAAGAGCAUCAUGGCAGAGUGGGAGCUGGAGGAGCCUCCACUCAACCCACGGGAGCACAGCAUCACUGGAGACUAUGAGCGGGAGUUUCCUGGAGCAGGGGCCCCUCUGCAGCCUGGUAUUUGUAGAGCAGAGCCCCGGGGCAGGUGCAGCAUUGAGACCAUGGACCUGGAGAGUGAGGAGCUGGAGAGCGAUGAGGAGUGGCAGCACCUGACUGAGAUCACAGAGCCCUUGGUCAUGCAGCUGAGCACAUGGCUGAGCCUUCUGAGGGAUCUGGCCUUCCGGCACCGUGUCCAGACCCGCCUGGCAGACUCUGCUCAGCAGGUGCUGGAAGGGAUGCUGGAGGGAGCGUCCCGUCUCCGUCCUGUGCUCCGCGUCAUGGGCAACCUCCUGGCUACCCAGUGCGACUCUGAGCUGCUGGACCACUUCUGCCGAGAGCUGAAUGUGCCUCUGUCCCUGUUGUGUCUAGCCAAGCAGAUCCUGGAGAGUGGUAGCACCAAGCAGCAGCCCUGGUGUAUCACGGUGCUGACAGACCUCUUCAUGGUGACCACAGUUUAUUUCAGCAGUGAAUGCAGCCUGGAGGAGAGUGGGCAAAAGGACAGUCUGCAGGCCUUCCAGGAGUGUGCUGGCUGCUUUCUAGCCCUGCUGCCAGAGCUGCUGGCUGAGCCAGCUGACAGCGAGAUGAGACUCUGCCAGCAAAGCCUUCUGUGCUUCACCCUGCUCUGUGAGAGCCUGGAUGCGACGUGCCCUUCUGUCUCUGCCCCCUUCUAUGCCAGCCUGCGAGAGAAGCAUCAGCCCCUGCUAAACAGACUCCUCCAGGGAUCCAUCUCAGAGCAGCCUGCUCUGCAAGGUGCGGUGAUGGAGGCCAAGUCAGCCCAUGACCAGAGCCUACGUUUGGCAGACCUCUUCACAGCUGCAUUGGCUGCUGCCUGCAGUGUCCCCCUGGAGAGGAACAGCUGUUGGGAAGCCAAACAGCAGGUCGCACAGGAGGUAGCUGAAAAGCUUAUGAAGGGAGAGAGCCAGCAGCUUGGGAAGCUGCUGGGGAGACUGGAGGACCCAAGCUGCUCCCUGAAAGUGCUCAAGAUACUCUACGCUGGCUGCCAUGCCAGCCUGAGCCUGUGCCAGCACCUGGGAAGGAGCCAGCGAUUCUGGGGUUCCCUCAUGCAGCUCUCAAAGGGCAAGGUCCCCAUGAUGGGGGUGGCCCAGGGGGCAGCCUGUGAGGCCUCACUGUAUCUGCUGGCCCUGCUCACCCUGCAGCUCCAGGCCUCCCCUCCAAGGCCUGAGGAGGUGGUUACCCUGGCCAUGGAUCUCAUCACCCAGUCUCCUGUCAUCUCCCUUGUGGGUGCUGCAGCAUUCCUCCUGACACAGCUCAGUCAGCAUGGGAUGGCCUUGGAGCUCAGGGGAGAAGAGAUCCUACCGGUGGUGACAAACGUGCUGACAGCGCACGCUGAGCUGCAGCUCCCCCUGCCAAUGGGUGCUGGUCUCUAUGAUGGGAUCUUUUUCCUCCUGCUGAAGCUCCUUGCCCAGGAGGACAUGGCCGUGGAGCAGGGCUUUGCAGACUCAGAGCUGUGGAGCGUGGUGUGGCAUUGUGUUGCUGUGGUGCUUCAUGUGGGCAGCGACAGGGCAGUGCUGGAUGGAGAGGGAGACCCCUCAGGGGCAGGUCACGCCGUGGCAGAGCCAGACUGGAACCUCCUCUCCCCUCAAGGCACCCUGCUCUUCCUCAGCCUGGCCCUCUUUGUCUUCACUCACGAGUCCCACCAGUGCCUGCCUCAGCUCACCCAGUCCCACGGUGUCCUCAUGGUGACGUUGAAGAGGCUGCUGUCCCCUGGCUUCCUGGCAUGCCUGGCACAGACGCAAGCAGGAGAGGGUGGGGACCCUGAGCUUGUCCCAGCUGUGGUGAUCCAGGCCUGCCAGCUCCUCUGUUUCCCUUUUGCCCUGGAUGUGGAUGGAGACACCUUAUCAUUGGUCAUGGAGGCUGUGAGAGAUGCCCAGAUCCCUGCCCAGCUGCUGCAGGUCUGUUCUCACCAUCUGCCAUUGUCAUACACCGAGCUCCCCAUGAGCCUCUUGUGCCACCUUGUUGUGUGUGAUGAGCUGGUCAUCGACCAAACGAUGAGGGUAGCCGCCGCCUCAGAGCACAUUGUUGCCUUCUUGACGUCUGCCUUGUUUACAGACAGCCUCGUGCUCACAAGCGACCUCCUGUCUCUCUUGACCCAUGUGGCCCGGGCCUGUCCAGAGCAUCUGCCCUUUCUCCAGAGGAUCCUGAGGGGCUCAGACAUGGCCAAACAGCCACUGACCCACCUGCUCGGCCACCAGCAACACCCAAUACGGGCCAAAACCUGCAACCUGCUGGGCAACCUGCUCCGACAUGGCCAUGGCUUUCCUCAGGCACUGCAGAGCCAGCCCAGCUUGCUGGAGGGCCUGCUGGGGUGCCUGGCAGACCAGGAGGAGAGUGUGCGCAAGGCAGCCAGCUUUGCGGUGGGCAAUGCUGCCUACCACACACCCUCCCCGGCUGGGACCCUGGGCAGGGCCGUGCCCAGGCUGACGCAGCUGUUGAGUGACACGCAGGCCAGGACGCGCUGCAAUGCGGCCUUGGCCCUGGGCAACCUGGGCCGGUGCUCAGCGGAGCUGGGGGACCUGCUGAUCGAGAGCAGGGCCCCCCACGUCCUGCUGGAGGUGGCCUGCCGGGACCCCUGGGAGAGCGUGCGGGAGGGAGCCCUUGCCGCACUGCGGGCCCUCAGUCAGCACCCUGGGAUACGGCAGGUCCUGCUGUCCCUCAGAGCCGCUGAGAAGCUGGCCACGCUGGCCGGUGGUGACUUGCAACCCGCUGCUGGUGGCAGCCUCCGGCCGUUGUCUGCUCACCACUGCAAGAAGCUCCUCCGCCUCCUCGCACCCCUGCACGGCAUCUGUGGGAGUGGGGCUGGAACCACCCCUGGCACCCCAGAUCCGGGAGAGUCUGCUGCCCUGCCCCGGUGCUGAGGGCUGGGCCUCUCGCAGGACGGGACAAAUGGUUUCAUCAUUUUCCUUGGGCUCCAGCUAUGACCUUCCAGGGGGAUUUUUCACUUUGCCCACCCUGAGUGGAACCCUGCCCGGCCAGCUUCACCCGGGGGCCCUCCCCGUGGGAAGCCAUUCCUCGAAAAGUGCCUGUACACCUCGAGAAACCGCCUCUAAGAGGACUCCCGGGGCUCCCCUCCUACGCCCCGGGGCUCCCCUCCUACGCCCCGGGGCUCCCCUCCUACGCCCCGGGGCUCCCCUCCUACGCCCCGGGGCUCCCCUCCUACGCCCCGGGGCUCCCCUCCUACGCCCCGGGGCUCCGCCACGCCACUAGAGGGCGCUAGCGCGCCACACCGGGCGAUGUCGGCCCGCUGGCGCGGUGGUUGCCGGUAGGUGUAGUCACGUGGCGGCGCCGCCCCGGAUCUCUAUGGUAACGGCUGGCGGUUAGGCGGCGGGGAGCGACGGGGCCCAGGGGCGCCAGGCCGGCGGUGAGUACGGCAGGGGCGGGCCUCCCCUCAUCUCCCCUCCCCGGAGCGGGGCUCUUCCCCCAGUGGGGAGUGCGCGCCGACCGCGAGCUGUCCCUGGGGUCCGUCCGAGGGGCGUCGGGCCCUCGGUCCCCCGCUGCCUCCCAUCCCCGUGUCCCCAGCACCCCCGGCCCGUACCUGGGCCCCGAGGAGGCACCGUGCCCAUCCCCGGGCCUCCCUGCGGGGGCUCGCUGUGGCCCUACCCUGUGUCCUCUUGGGGUGCAGCGGGCCCUGUGGGGCUGGGGGGACGUACUGGGGACGGCGUCCCGGCCAGUGCUCCUGGGGCAGGACCGGGCAUCCCGGUAGUGCCUUUGGCCUCAAAGAUUUUUACCUGAAAAAAUGGGAACCAGAGCGUGUUCUCUGUGCGAGCGCCAGGGAGGAGGAAGAGCUGGCUCCCCAGAGAGCCUUGCCAACGGCACUUGGAGCAGCAGUGAGGAUGGAGCUGGGGCUGGCUGGACCCAAGCGGGGUGCUGGGACAGCCCGGCUGUUAAUCCUCCCACUGGGGUCUUGGCUUGGCGGCUCUGGUGUUGUAAAAAGGAGCCGAUGGGUCUGAAAGGUGAACAGCAGAGCUACGAGAGAAAAGCUGGAGUGUUUCCUGAAUGCCUCCAGGGUCCAGGCUGGGAAGGAGGGGUGCAGGACUGGGGAAGCCCAGUAGUGCUGUGCCAGCGUGCUGCCUCCCUGCCUGGCUGGACUGCGGAUAUCUCAUGGGCAGCAGAAUGCAGUCCCACAGCUCCACAUCAAACCUGUCCCUCCAUGACUCCUUGUGAUGCGGCUUCUCUUUCUCAUUGCUGUGUGCUCCCCACUGAAUGGGUGUGCGAUGUUUAGUGGCUCCUGGGCGGUUUGGGGGAAUUAACAGUGAAUUGUUGGUCUGAUUACAGUUUUACCUAAUAAUUUUUCCUUUACUCUUAGUGGUUUUAUGCAGCAGAUAGUGACACUUGUCUGUCCUUGUGUUGCUCUCUUGCUGCAGUCCUUAAGUUUUGUAUUAGGCAAACUUUGUUGGUGACAAAUUGGCCCCUCCCACUCUUCGGUCAUGCCUGGGGCCCUUCCCAGCAUAGCAGGGGUCGCAUUGCGAGGAGGACGCUGAUGGGGCCAAACGCCACCGUCCCCAGAUAAUGAUGUCUGCGCAGGGAUGUUGUGUCACCAGUGCAGAUCAGAGGUUUGGCUGCCAUAUUGGCCUGGUCACCAUACUGGCCUGGCUGGGUGCCGUGCCUUGGCAUUUCCUGGGUUCCUCCCAUGCAGCAAGUCUGGGAGUAUUUGGUGGCAUCUUCCCAAAUUUAAUCUCUAUUUCUGCUCCGCUCCUAAGGUCUAAGAGACAGCUGUAUGGAGCAAGGUGGUUGCAGUGCCUCCAGAGGAAUCUUUCCCACUCUGGUCAAGGCAUGGAAGGGUCCUCAUCACAUACUGAAUGACAGACCUGGGACCUUUUCCUUCCAGUUGCAGAUGCGUUUCAGAAAAAAGAGGAUGGAAAAAGAAUUUGUGUUUUGCACUAAUUGGGCACUUCUUGUCUCCUUGCUACGUAUUGAUAUUUUAUACUUGUUCCACUCA